AUGCCACCUACAAAAACCGAUUACGAUACAAAUAAAGUUUAUACAGCUGUUAGUACUGGAUACACACUAAAACAUACUGGCGAGUUUACAUGGAAAAUUUGGAAUAGAAAGCGGUACAUUAUAUCUAUCCUAACAUUUUUUGGUUUCUUCAAUGUAUUCACUUUGAGAUCAAACAUCAGUAUUGCUCUCGUUGAUAUGAUUUCAUUGAAAAACAUCACUUUUCCAAACACCACUGUGGUCGAAAAGAAAGAAUUCGAUUGGCAACCAGUCCAGUUGGGAUACGUACUGAGUUCGUUUUAUUACGGUUACGUUUUAACGCAAAUUUUAGGGGGUUAUUUGGCAGCGAAAUUCGGAGGGGCCAAAAUAUACGGAAUAGGAAUUGCUGGCACUGCUAUUUUCACAUUAGCUACACCUUGGGCAGCCAAGACCAGCAUCUACUGUCUGAUAGCCAUUAGAACUGUAGAAGGACUUUUCGAGGGGGUUGUUUAUCCUUCAUCGAUGGCAAUUUGGGCGAAUUGGGCGCCCCCCCUGGAGAAAACCCGUUUAACAUCGAUCUGUUUAUCUGGUGCAUACGUGGGAACUGUUGUAGCUAUGCCAACUAGUUCUUUAUUGGCUUCGUAUUUCGGCUGGGAAAGCAUCUUUUAUGUUUUCGGUGGAAUUGCUGUAUUGUGGUAUGUUAUUUGGUUAAUUGUGGUAAGGGAAUCCCCUUCUCAAGAUCCACGAAUCCAUCCCGACGAAUUAGAUUACAUAAGUAAUGCAAUUGUAGCAACUAAAACUGGUAAAAACACAGCUAUUCCUUGGAAAGCUUUACUGACAUCAAAGUCUGUAUGGGCUAUAUCGAUAAUAUUAGGUGCAGACAAUUGGAGUUUUCAUACGUUAGUAGCGUUUUUACCCCAAGUGAUGAAAUAUGCUUUGAAUUUUGAUUUGAACGAAUCUGGCGUUCUAUCUGCUCUUCCUUACGUAGCGAUGGCCGUUUUAAUGCUAUUAGGAGGACAGAUAUCGGACUGGUUUAUCAGGAAAAAGUUUAUAACUGUAACUAAUGUUAGAAAAGCUGUUACUGUUAUAGGAUUUAUUGGCGGAUCUGUUAGCCUAUUUUCCUCAGCCGAAUGGUUAUCACCUACACUGACCCCUAUUUUCGUAGUUCUAGGAGCUACGUUCAGAGGAUUUGCACUGUCCGGAACAUCGGUUAAUACUUUAGAUAUUGCCCCUCGAUUUGCAAGCGUUAUACUUGGGAUUGGUAACACUUGCGCGAGCAUACCCGGAGUCGUUAGCCCUAUCCUAGCUGGGUAUAUCGUUAAAGAUUUAACUAAUGUGGAUCAGUGGAAAAUUAUAUUCUACAUUUCAUCGGGAAUGUAUUUGCUAGCAGCUGCUGUAAGUUUACUUUUUUUGUCAGCAGUAGAACAACCGUGGGCUAAAAAUGAGGAACCUGGUCAAAUAAGUGAAAUGGAAAUUGAGUCAACUAAUGUGUAA